CCUGGCCUCCGUAUGGGGAAUGCCAUCAGGGCCCUGGUGGCCUUCAUCCCUGCUGACCACUGCCAGAAGUAUGUGGUGGGAGAGCUCCAGGAGAUGCCGCUGGACAGGAUGGUGGACCUCAGCGGGAGGCAGCUGCGCCGCUUUCCCGUGCACGUGUGCACCUUCACGGAGCUGGUCAAGCUCUACCUCAGUGACAACCACCUGAACAGCCUGCCUCCGGAGCUGGGGCAGCUGCAGAACCUGCAGAUCCUGGCCUUGGAUUUCAACGACUUCCAGGCUCUGCCCCAGGUGGUCUGCACCUUGAAACAGCUCUGCAUCCUCUACCUGGGCAACAACAAGCUCUGCGACCUCCCCAAAGAGCUGCGGCUGCUCCAGAACCUCCGGACCCUGUGGAUCGAAGCCAACUGCCUCACCCGGCUGCCGGAUGUGGUCUGUGAGCUGAGUCUCCUUAAGACCCUGCACGCCGGCUCCAACGCCCUGCGCCUGCUGCCAGGCCAGCUCCAGCACCUCCGGGAGCUCCGGACCAUCUGGCUGUCGGGCAACCUGCUGAGCGACUUCCCCCGGGUGCUACUGCACAUGCCCUUCCUGGAGGUGAUCGACGUGGACCAGAAUAACAUCCGUUACUUCCCCAGCCUGGCCCACCUGUCAAGUCUGAAGCUGGUCAUCUAUGACCACAACCCUUGCCGGAACGCACCCAAGGUGGCCAAAGGCGUGCACCGUGUGGGAAGGUGGGCAGAGGAGACGCCAGAGCCAGAUCCCAGAAAAGCCAGGCGCUACGCAUUGGCCAGGGAGGAAAGCCAGGAGUCACAGACACCUGCCCUCCCUCUUCCUCUUCUUCCUCCCAGCUCCUGAAGAUGUUGUCGUAGGUCAAUGCCACGGAGCUAACACGAGCCUGUCCUGGAGACUCUUCAUUAGAGUGGGCGGCGUUGCUCUGGGUCAUUUGAGGUGACCUGCCUCCUGGGGGCUGAUGGAGAGGCAGGUUGAAAUGCCACAAAUCCAUACGGAAAAGGAAAAAAAUCCCAAAGGGAAGUUAUAUGCUACUGUGGCCUGCCAACCCAGAGUGAUCACGUCUUCCCAAGAAAACGGCCUCUCCAAGCAGGUACUUUGAAACUGAGCAAGGGCUGCGACACUUGGGUCUGCUCUACUCCCCAGAGGUGGCUGUGAUUACAAGACUCACAGGCCCCUCAAAUACGGUAUUUGUUAUAGAACUCACUGAACGUUCAGCUGGCCUGGCCCCAGCCCUUUCCUUUGCAGCCAUAUUUCUUUUCUUUGCAUGACCAUAAACAGUAUCAAUGUAUUGUUACCAAUUUAGGUCACCAAAAAGGACCUUUGCUCCCAGUCAGAUUCAUAGAAAACAGCUUUCGUUGUUGCAAAAGCUCGAGAGGAAAGAUUUCCCCAGCAGGUUAGCGCCUGCUGAAGAGACCUCUGACGGAGACUGCCUCUUGAUGGAGCCCAGCUGCCACUUUGAACUUGACAGUGGUUCGAGUUGAUUAAGCUCAUUUCCCCUAAAAGGUCUGACCCCAACAUAGUAGGUGAGAAAUCAGUUCACUUGAAAUCUGUUCCUGCACUGUGAAAUCUGAAUAGCAGGUUGUGCUGUGUAUAGUCUGUGCCUCUAGCUUCCAAUUUUGUUUGAUCUUUCUAGAGUCUUUUGACAGUGUAUAAAACUAGGUACUUUAUGGAGGUAUGUAAAUCGUGAACUUCCCAUGAAUAUACAAACUUUAAAGGAA